AUGAGUGAGAACAGGAAGGGGCUGUGGGAUAAGAAGCCGCGCCGCAGUCGGACCAUCUUCACCGAGAUCCAGCUCAUGGGCCUGGAGAAGAAAUUCCAGAAGCAGAAGUACCUCUCCACCCCUGACAGGCUCGACUUAGCCCAGUCCUUGGGGCUGACUCAGCUCCAGGUGAAGACGUGGUACCAGAACCGUAGGAUGAAGUGGAAGAAAAUGGUGUUGAAGGGUGGACAGGAAGCUCCAACGAAGCCCAAAGGCCGUCCAAAGAAAAACUCCAUUCCCACCUCGGAGGAGAUCGAAGCAGAGGAGAAAAUGAACAGCCAGGCUCAGAGUCAGCUGCAGGAGGGAUCCCAAGCCUCUGAGGAGCCAAAAUUAACAGAGGAAAAUCCAGAAGUCCUGUUGGAGACAGAGAAGUCUCCAGAACAUAUACCAGAGCCUUCCUCAGAGGAGACUACACCAUUAAGUUAAAAGGGAGAGAAAGGAGGGGAAAAGAAGGGAAUAAAAAAAAAGAUCAAAGAGAAAAAUCAAAACCAAAUAUAUAU